AUGCAGCGAUGGAGUCAGCGACUCGCUUCCCUGCCAAGUCUUGCUCUUCCCACCGAUUAUCCUCGACCCAGUCCUGCAAAGCUCGUCGAAGCGACACAGACACUCUCCCUCCCGUCAUCACUGACUCCCUCCCUACUGAGACUCACUCUCGCCUUCACUUCUUCCAGCCCCAACGCUCCUCUCCCCACACCUUAUCACCUCCUCCUCACGUCAUUCGCCAUUCUCCUCUUCCGCUACACACCGGACCCUUCGCUGGUCAUCUGUACCUCCGCUCCAGAGUCUACCAGACCCCUGCUGCUGAAGCUCGAUCUGACCCCAGAAAUGACUUUCCUUCAAGUGUUGACUCAGAUCAUGGACAAGGAGAGCGAAGCUACAGCGGAUAUAGUCCCGCUAUCUCAUCUGGUCGAUCAUCUCAAGCCAGAAGGUCCACUGUUCCGAGUCCGGUUCUUCGACUCAACGUUGGUGGAUCUGGAUCCUUCAGCCUCACUCACAACAGAUUUGACCCUGUUUCUUCUCGCGUCCACCUCGGAGACCCCCCUCACGAGGACUUCUAUCCCGUCCCUCUACCUCCGAUUGGCUUACAACUCGCUGCUCUUCGCCCAGAAGCGGAUGUCGCUGCUCCUGGAAUCGCUCCUCCAGCUCUUGAUGUCUGCUGCCACUCUUCCACCUACACAUGCUAUCGGAUCGCUUCCUCUACGGACCUCAUCCCAGUCGGCGAUCCUUCCCGAUCCUACUGCAGACCUGGAUUGGUGUGGUUUCAAAGGCGCCAUCCCAGACAUCUUUGCCGCCAACGCAAAGGCACAUCCGGACAGGAUCUGCGUCGUGCAGUCGCAUCUUGCUCCCGGUCAAACGACGAUGGACGGACCAAGUCAGGGCAGGACAGAGUAUACCUAUCGUCAGGUCGACGAAGCAAGCAAUGUGCUUGCCCAUGCGUUGCUGAAGAAUGGUCUAGAACGGGGUGAAGUGGUCAUGGUGUACGCCGCGAGAAGUAUCGAAAUGGUGGUAUGUGUCAUGGGUAUUUUGAAGGCCGGGGGUGUCUUCUCCGUUGUCGAUCCCGCAUAUCCGCCCAAUCGUCAAACCGUCUAUCUACAGGUCUCAAAGCCUCGAGCCCUGUUGAUCAUCUCCUCCGCUGGCACGCUCUCACCCACGGUCUCCGACUACAUUGAAAAGGAGCUGUCACUCCGCAUUUUGGUGCCGGCAAUUACCAUCAGCACCCAAGGCAUCACCGGCUCGCAACCAGACUCGAAAGCCGAAGACAUCCUUGAGCCCUUCCAGCAAUGCAGUCAAACACCCGCUGGUGUGGUCCUGGGUCCAGACUCUCCCGCUACACUCUCAUUCACAUCUGGAAGCACGGGUAUCCCCAAGGGUGUCAAAGGUCGACACUUUAGCUUGACCCAUUUCUUCCCCUGGAUGUCUGAGAGAUUCGGUCUAGGGCCGCAGUCGAGGUUCACCAUGCUCAGUGGUAUCGCCCAUGAUCCCAUACAGCGAGACAUGUUCACGCCACUGUUCCUGGGUGCUUCCCUCCAUGUACCUACGGCUGACGACAUUGGUACUCCGGGUCGAUUGGCAGAAUGGAUGGCGGAUAACGAGGUCACCGUAACUCACUUAACACCAGCUAUGGGCCAGCUGCUUUCUGCUCAGGCCACAAGGCAGAUCCCAACGCUCCAGAGCGCCUUCUUUGUCGGCGAUGUCCUCACCAAGCGAGACUGCACUCGUCUCCAGCACCUGGCCAAAAACGUCAACAUUAUCAACAUGUACGGUACAACCGAGACGCAAAGAGCUGUCUCAUACUUUUUCACUCCGAGCGUCAACCAAGACUCCACUUUCCUCUCUACUCAAAAGGACCUGAUCCCCGCUGGACAAGGGAUGAUCGACGUUCAAUUGCUCGUCGUCAAUAGGACGGAUAGAAACCUCCCUUGCGCAGUCGGUGAAAUGGGCGAGAUCUACGUCCGAUCAAGUGGUCUCUCUGAGGGCUAUCUUGACCCCGAAGCCACCAAGGAGAAAUUCGUGGUCAAUUGGUUUGGCGACAACAUUGAUCGACCCGAUUCACUCGCGCAGACCCAGCCAGAGGCAUCAAAGUACUGGUUCGGGAUCCGAGAUAGGAUGUAUCGCUCUGGUGAUCUAGGCAGAUACUUGCCAGACGGAUCGGUAGAGUGUACCGGUCGAGCCGAUGACCAGAUCAAGAUCAGAGGCUUCCGAAUCGAGCUCGGAGAAAUCGACACGCACCUCAGUCGUCACCCACUGGUCAGAGAGAACGUGACGUUGGUUCGACGAGACAAGGACGAGGAGAAAGUCUUGGUGUCCUACUUUGUCCCUGUCGGAGGUGAUGAGCUACAGGAGCUCAUGAGUGCGAGCGAGGCCGGUGAAGAUGAAGAGCACGAUGCGAGAGAUCUCAACGAGGAGAUGCUUCGAGGAGUCAGACGAUACAGAAGACUCAUCAAGGACAUUCGAGAAUACCUCAAGAAGAAGAUCCCCUCGUAUGCCGUGCCUGCGGUCUAUUUCCCCCUCUCCAAACUUCCAUUGAACCCUAAUGGCAAGAUUGACAAGCCCGCCCUUCCCUUCCCCGAUACUACGCUCGUGGCUCCUCCAAAGGCGUCAAGUGGCAAGAUGUCGCAGACACAGAAGAUGAUUCACGAUAUUUGGUUGCGUUUGUUGCCUUCUCCGCCUGGAUCCCUCGACCUUGACGAAAAUUUCUUCGACAUGGGUGGUCAUUCGAUCCUGGCUACACGAUUGAUCUUUGAGAUCCGAAAGGCAUUUGUGGUCAAUGCCCCGUUGGGACUGGUAUUUGAGCGCCCGACAAUUGCGGGACAAGCCGCAGAGAUCGAUCAUCUCAGACAUGUUGACCUUCACGUCGGAUCCUCAGACCCGAAUAACAAGGUGGUCAAGGAGAUUGCCUAUGCAGAAGAUGUCGACGUCUUGUCGGCUCAACUCCCUUCGUUCGACCCAUUACCAUCUGAGUUUGGCUCGGAGCCACUCACGGUGUUCCUCACGGGAGCCACCGGAUUCCUCGGCGCAUUCAUCCUGUCUGAUCUCUUUUCUCGCAAUGUUGGUAAAGUCAUUGCCCUGGUACGAGCCAAGGACACCACGCAAGCCCUCGAUCGACUUCGAGAAAGCAGUGAAGGGCGGGGUGCUUGGAACGAAUCAUGGGUCUCCUCUGGUAGACUCGAAGUCGUUGUCGGUGAUCUCGCGACGGAACACCUCGGCAUGUCUCCAGAGACAUGGAGACGAGUCGCGCAAGAAGCUGAUGCGGUCAUUCACAACGGUGCCAUGGUUCAUUGGGUCUACCCUUACUCGAAACUCCGAGCCGCCAAUGUGCUUUCGACUCUGGCCUGUAUCCACCUUUGCGCAGAGAGCAAGCCAAAAAUGUUCACAUUCGUCUCUUCGACGGCUGUGCUUGAUGCCGAGGGAUUCGUCCGCAAGUCGGACGAAAUCGUCUCGGCUGGAGGACGAGGUCUGAGUGAGGCGGACGAUCUGGAGGAGGGCAAGAGUGCUUUGGACGCCGGAUACGGGCAGAGCAAGUGGGUCAGCGAGAGGUUGAUCAUGGAGGCUGGGCGAAGAGGUUUAAGUGGACGCGUGGUCAGGCCGGGGUAUGUGUUGGGUCAUUCCUCCACUGCUGUGACCAAUACGGACGACUUUAUCUGGCGUAUGCUCAAGGGAUGCUUGCAACUUGGUCUCGUGCCGGAUAUCAACAAUACUGUCAAUCUCGUUCCUGUAGACCACGUCGCCCUUCUUACAUCUUUGGCCGGCGUCACACCUCCCACCGCUCCUGGUGUCCCCGUUGUCCACGUUACAGGUCACCCUUCACUGCGAUUCAAUGACCUGCUUGGGUCUCUACCUGCUUACGGGUAUCAAGUCUCUCAGAUUGAAUAUAUCCAGUGGCGUACGAGAUUGGAACAACACGUUUUGGAGACCCAGGACAAUGCUUUGUUCCCCUUACUUCAUUUCGUUUUGGACGACCUGCCGACGUCUACGAAGUCUGCCGAGCUAGACGAUACCAAUGCUCAAGCCCUCGCCUCGUCAGCUGGAGAGCGGCCGACCAGCGGAGUGGACCAAUCGCUGAUGGGACUUUAUAUCGCUUGGUUGAUUCGGGCUGCUUUCUUAGAUGCUCCGCACACGGAGGGCAAAUUGAAACUUCCGACGCUUCAAGGAGGCGUCGCCAAGGCCAUCGGCCGAUCUACUCAGGGUUCAUAG